AAAAGAAGAAACUCUCUUCUCUUUUCCUGUUCUGCUGGAGGGUAACACUGUCCCUGCCAAGCAGUAAAGGCAGCCUGGGCCUUUAAGAGCAGCAGUUCCCAGUACAACUCCCUGGGAACUUUGAAGCAAAGCAGAGCAGAGAGCCUGAACCCUGUUGUGCCACAGGCAAAAUGAACAUUGAAGAGUAUUUUGCAAGAAUUUCUUACAAUGAGUCCCCUAAGGAUGCAGACUUGCAAACCCUAACAGACAUCUUCCAGCAUCACAUCCGGGCAAUUCCUUUUGAAAACCUCAGCAUGCAUUGCGGUGAGACCAUCCACCUGGAGUUAGAAUCUACUUACAACAAGAUUGUGAGAAAGAAACGUGGUGGUUGGUGCCUGGAAAGCAACCACCUUUUAUUUUGGGCCUUGCAAGAGUUAGGGUAUGACGUCUGUAUUCUUGGAGGAAAUAGCUAUGAUCCAGCAGAGGGGGCGUACACUGCCGAGAUGAAUCACAUCCUACUGAAAGUAGUGAUCAAGGGAAAUCCCUACAUAGUAGAUGCUGGGUUUGGUGGUGCCUACCAGGCCUGGCAGCCAUUGGUGUUGAUUUCUGGGAAGGAUCAACCCCAGAUUCCUGGCAUCUUCCGCUUCACGGAAGACAACGGCACCUGGUACUUUGAGAAAGUGAAAAGGAAGCAUUAUAGUCCUGAGCAAAGUGCCCCUUCCACAGAUACUCCAGACUUGGGGAAUAUCAGAAAAAUAUAUACAUUCACUCUUGAGCCACGACAUAUAAAUGACUUUCAGGAGCUAAACACAUACCUACAAGUGUCUCCAGAUGACAUACUUAGGAAGAAGUCCAUCUGCUCUCUCCAGACCCUUGAAGGGGUUUGUGCCUUGGUUGGAUGGACCUUCAGUGAGAUGAAGUACAACUACAUGGAGGACAUGGACCUGCUGCAGAUCACAACUCUUACAGAUGAAGAGGUUGAGAAGACACUGAAAGAAAAAUUCAAUAUAGUGCUGGAGAACAAACUUGUACCAAUAAAUGUUCGUGGUUUGCCACCUAAUUUAGUGGACACAAUCUAA